UCCGAGGCUGCAGACUCAGAAACAGCAUCACUGCUUUUUAAACAAUGACUGAACCCAGGGGUCAGAUGAAGAGUUCAAAUGCUACAAGCAGCACUGUGUUGGAACUGCAGUCUGCUUCAUUCGACCCUGAUGUCUCAUCUUUGUCUUUGCCUCCAAAACUUGGCCAGAGCAACUUCCGAAGAGUCAGCCGCACAGAGGACAGUGACCCCUACCCGAUCCCCGGCCUGGCAGCAGACACCCUGCACAUGCGAGUGAAAGAAGGAAGCAAGAUCCGCAAUUUGCUGCAGUUUGCAACUGCUCGCAUGCAAGGGGAGGGAAAAGAUGGGACAUCGCUGAGACAGGUGGUCUUCACCGGCUCAGGUAGAGGAGUCACCAAGACCAUCACCUGUGUGGAGAUCUUGAAACGUAAAGUGGGUGAGCUCCACCAGGUGUCCAAGCUCUACUACAAGACAGUGAAUGAGGUCUGGGAGAGUCCACAGCAGGGAGCACCAGGUAUAACCGUGCAGAGGACGGUCCCUGCCAUCUGUAUCCUGCUCUCUAAAGACCCUCUGGAUCCCCAGGAGCCUGGGUACCAACCCCCCCAAACCCCCAGUGUUCCCACAGAGGACGCAGAGAAACGUAGAGCUCUGAUCAGUCCGUCCUCACAACACACCGCCAAGAGAGUCUGUCCGGAUGACUGGAGUGUGUGUUCUCCGAGGGCUGACCCCUCGUAGUCGAUUAGUCGACUAAUCGGUUGUUUGGAUUUUAGUUGACUAAG